AUGAAGUCUUUCGCUAUCCUGACAGCCUCCGCGCUGCUGGGCAGUGCCUCUGCGGAGGUACACAAGCUCAAGCUCAACAAGCUCCCUCUGGAGGAGACUCUGAACGUUCACAACAUCAACGACCAUGUCCAGGCUCUCGGUCAAAAGUAUAUGGGCUACCGUCCUGGUCACCACGAGGACACUUUCAAGGAUACCUCCUUCAAGCCCGCCUCUGGCCACGACGUCCUGGUGGACAACUUCCUGAACGCCCAAUACUUUUCCGAAAUUGAAAUCGGUACCCCUCCCCAGACCUUCAAGGUCGUUCUCGAUACAGGUAGCUCCAACUUGUGGGUCCCGUCCUCGGAGUGCAGCUCGAUUGCCUGCUUCCUUCAUAGCAAGUAUGACUCUUCUUCCUCGAGCACCUACAAGAAGAACGGCACCGAAUUUGCCAUCAAGUAUGGUUCUGGUAGCCUGAGCGGCUUCGUAUCGCAGGACACCCUGAAGAUUGGCGACCUCAGUGUCGAGAAGCAGGACUUCGCCGAGGCAACUGAAGAGCCUGGUCUCGCCUUUGCAUUUGGCCGUUUCGACGGUAUUCUGGGUCUCGGAUAUGACACCAUCUCUGUCAACAAGAUGGUUCCUCCCGUCUACAACAUGCUGAACCAAGGCCUCCUGGACGAGCCCGUCUUCGCUUUCUAUUUAGGCGACGCCAACAAGGAGGGCGAUAACUCCGAGGCUACCUUCGGCGGUGUCGACAAGGAUCACUACACUGGUGAGCUCGUCAAGAUUCCCCUCCGCCGCAAGGCUUACUGGGAGGUGGACUUGGACGCUAUUACCUUCGGUGACAGCACUGCCGAGUUGGACAACACCGGUGUCAUCCUGGAUACCGGUACCUCGCUUAUUGCUCUGCCUUCCACCCUUGCUGAGCUUCUGAACAAGGAGAUUGGUGCCAAGAAGUCUUUCACUGGCCAGUACACCGUCGAAUGCAGCGCUCGCGACAGCCUGCCUCAGCUCACCUUCACCCUUAGCGGACACAACUUCACCAUCGGUCCUUACGACUACAUCCUCGAGGUUCAGGGCUCCUGCAUUAGCAGCUUUAUGGGCAUGGAUUUCCCCGAGCCCAUGGGCCCUCUGGCCAUUCUGGGUGACUCUUUCCUGCGCCAGUGGUACAGCGUCUACGACCUCGGCAACAACGCCGUUGGUCUGGCUAAGUCUAAGUAA